AGCGCCUCUUGUCACGUCUCCGCGUCCCCGUUUGUCGUCCGCGAACUGAAACCCUUCCAACCUCAGAGGAGGUUUAGACAGCUAACGAACUGUACCUCAGACUUGCUCUACUUGAUCAAAAUUCAGUUCAGAUGGGGAAGUCCUUCAGUGGAGUCAGCAUCUGGAUUCCGGAUGUACCAGGUCUUAUAGAUGAUUUCAAACUACAAAAGAAGGAAAAGGCUUUCAGUGAAGUGUCUAUCUGGAUUCCCGAUGUCUCUGUUCCUAUAGAUGACCCCGGCCUCACAAAAGAAUCAGUCCAAAUGGGAAAGUCUCUCAGUGAAGUCAGCAUCUGGAUUCCGGACGUCUCUAUUUCUAUUGAUGACUUCAAACAGCGAAACGAAUCAUCCCAGAGAGGGACGCCCUUCAAUGAAGUCAGCAUCUGGAUCCCACAUAUCUCUGUUCCCAUAGAGGACUUCGGCCCUGUCGACAGCUUUCGGGAAGAUGGCGUCAUCCCCAUCGAUGAUGGUGUUUGGUCAGAGCGUCGUUUAAACAGAGGAUGUGUGGCCGAUGCAUUUGUCUGCUGCAAAGGAAACAAAACUCAGAGGUGUGUGUUUAACUCAUGGGACGUGAAGAUACCGAUCGAAGACGAAUCUGACCUCGCGGGAUGCUUUCAACCAACCAAGGUGACACUUCUCUUCCAUUACGAAGUCAUUCAACAGUUGUCGAUGUCACAGGUGCACGCAACUAUUCGGAACAAAAGGAAAAGAUACAGAUAUGAUUCAAGAGGACUUCCCGGGGCGACCUUUGCUAAGAUGAACGACUUCUUGCCUCCUACGCGCGUCCUGUCGGUCGAGCUCGAGUCCGUAGUUUGGCAAUAAUGGUGCUGGAGGUCGUAGCUUUAAGUGAGAAUGACGUCCGACUUGGCUGAUAUCUGUUUCUUUAACCAUUUUCAUUUUUCACAUUUUGUGUAAAUCAAUGGUUCCCAACCGGUAAAUUGCGAACGAAACAUUCCUGAGACGUAUUACGGGGCUAUUUACAUGUUAAGAAUUUAUGUGUAUAUUACAAUUAGAUAAAUAAUGUUAAGAUUGUUUAUUCUUUUAUCAGUUUAAAAUAUAUGUGCUCAUAAAAAUCGUAAAUGGAAGACUUAGAUUUGAGAAAGCGGUCGCGAGCAUAGGAAGGUAGGGAAGCAAUGGUGUAAACAGUCUUUAUAAUUUGGCAUCUUGAAAUUAUUAUUUUGACUUAAUUGCGGGAAGUAGUGUCGAUUAGCACCUCGUGGAUAGAUUGACGUGAUCCAUGAAUCAUAGAUCCACUCACCCCCCAGACACAUUGGAAUGAUCCACGAAACCACUUUUAGAUUUAAUUAUUAACAAAUAAAGCAAAACGGACUGCCUUAUGAGACGGCAUGUGAGUAAAUGCAAUGUUUCGAGGGAGGCAAAUGAACUAUGAAAAUUGUUUCCAGUCAUCUCCAUAGGCUUUGUCUGGGCAAAAGCUAAUGUAAUAAACUAGAGGUCUGGAUAUUGAUCCAUGUGUACGAACCGUGAUGAAAGUAAAUAUGCGCUAUGGGCUUGUAGAUGAAGAUAAUGAUGAAAAUUACACGCACAUAUACAUACUUUCAUACACACAUGUACACGAACACACAC